AUGGUAGCCCGGUGGUGGCUGCUACUGCUCGGCCUCGCCGCCGACGUGCUUCAAGUUGGCGGCCAGCGCGCGCCGGACACCACGGGUUUCAUCAGCAUCGACUGUGGCCUGUCGGAGCAGAGCAGCUACGUGGAUGACCUCACCAAACUGCUCCUCAGCUCGGACGCCGGCUUCACCGACGCAGGCACCAACUACGACGUCUCAGCCCGGUAUACGAACCUCUUGUACAGACGCUUCCUCACCGUCCGGAGCUUCCCCAGCUCGGUGGACGGCCGCAGCUGCUACACCCUGCCGUCCGCCGUGCCAGGGACGUCCAAGUACAUGGUCCGGGCAGCGUUCAAGUACGGCGACUACGAUGGGCUCAACAAGCUCCCCAUCUUCGACCUCUACCUCGGUGUCAACCUGUGGCGGACGGUGAACAUCACGGAUGCUGGCUUGGUGCAGAUCGCCGAGGCCAUCGUCGUUAUCCCGGAGGACAGAGUGCAGGUUUGCAUGGUGAACAUCGGCUCAGGGACGCCGUUCAUCUCCACCCUAGACUUGAGGCCUCUCAAGAAUAGUCUCUACCCGCAAGCGAACGCGACCCAGGGCCUCUCCAUGAUCUUCACGGGUAAUUUCGGUGCGUCGGAUGUGAUCAGAUACCCGAACGAUCCAUACGACCGUUUAUGGGUCCCGUGGUGGUCCGUGGUCCUGUGGUCGGGCGUGUUCGGACAUGGCAACUUCCAGGGCGACCAGGAUGGCAAAGUCGAAGCUCUUGCUCCUCCGUGCGCCAUUUAUAGGCACUAUUUUACUUUGUAUUUCGCGGAGUUGCAUAUCCUGAACAGCAGCCAAGCCCGCCGGUUCAACGUCGGCUACAACAACCAUCUUUCGAUGUCCAACUACGAGCCGUCGUACCUCAAGCUCGGCUAUAACAACAUUGAACCCGUUCAGUUCUUCAACCAGUACAACGUCACCAUAUCCAGGGCGCCAAACUCCACACUGCCGCCCAUCAUCAACGCCUGCGAGUUUUUCUCCACCAUGUCUACCGCCAAUGUUGGCACAAACGCUCAUGAUGAUCUUCCUUUCUCCCCAGUUCUGCUGCUGCUGCAGACACAAUGUCUCAGUGCUUCUGCCAUGAUUGCAAUCAAGGCCAAGUAUCAGGUGAAGAAGAACUGGGAGGGUGAUCCAUGUUCUCCAAAGACUCUCGUGUGGCAUGGUUUGAACUGCAGCUACCCCAUUUCUCUACCUCCAAGAAUUACAAGCGUAAAUAUGUCAUUCGGCGGUUUGGGUGGUGAUAUAUCAUCUUAUUUCGCCAAACUCAAAGCUAUCCAAUAUUUGGAUUUGUCACACAAUGAAUUGACGGGAUUCAUUCCUAAUGAGCUUUCACAACUGCACUCCCUUGUGGUGUUGUAA